AUGCCCCCGGCCCGCCCCCGGCCCCGGGCGGGGCUGCCCCGUCCCCGGCCCCGGGCGUCCCGCCGCGGUCUCGCCUCCGGCCGGCUCUGGUCGUACUGGCGGUGGCGCUGCUGGGCGGGCAUCAGUGCCUGGGACAGGGGCGGCAUCGCCUCCCUUUGGCUCCGCCUGGCCCGAGCCUGGCCCGAGCCUGGCCCCGGCCCCGGCCCCAGCCCCAGCCCCUCCUGGGGCCCGCGGAGGACACAGGCGGUGGCCAUCAAAAGGGUGCCACGGGAGCGCGUCCGGCACUGGGGCGAGCUGGAGAUCGUGCUGCUGGCCAAGGUGUCCACUGGCUUCCCUGGUGUGGUCCAGCUGCUGGAGUGGCUUGAGCUCCCCAACGAUGUCUUGAUGGUGCUGGAGCGCCCGGAGCGGUGUCAGGACCUGCAGCAUUUCAUUCGGGCACGGGGCUUCCUGCCCGAGGAGGUGGCGCGGGAGCUGUUCCGCCAGGUGCUGGAGGCCGUGCAGCACUGCACCAGCUGCGGGGUCCUGCACAGGGACAUCAAACCAGAGAACAUCCUGGUUGACCUGGCCACUGGGCAGGCCAAAUUGAUUGACUUUGGCUGUGGCACCUACCUGCAGGACACAGCCUACACUCACUUAUGA